UCCUUGGAUCCUCUGGAGAGCGACCCAUGCGGUGACCGAAUGCAGGCCUGCGAAGAGUCAGGAUCCCCUGCCCGGCAGGAGCAUCCAGGGUUCCACUGCCAGCCAUCUGAUGGACGCCGCCGGCCAGAGAGAAACCCUUCUGGAUCCCCCUCGAGCUCCUCCGGUGCCUCUUCUCCAUCCCCCGAGCAGCUCUAUGCCCGGUUUCCAGCAGGCCAGCCCAUACCCCCGGAGACAGCUGCCUACAAGGUCCCUUCGCCGGCAGAGUUGUUCAGGCGCUCCAGCUACGAGGAGAGAGGCCCCUCUGGCCGCUUCCCCAGGAACGCUCUCCGGACCCCUUUCCACCCUUACAAGAGGCAGUUCCUGGAGGAAGCCUUCCCUGAGGCCCACCUGGCCCUCGUGCUGGAGGCCGGGCUGCCCCACGCUGCUGGCCAGGAAGGCUUUGAGGAGAUGGCUGGCCUGCCAGGGACCAGAGAGGCCGCCGAGGGGUUUCCUGCACAUCUUCCCCACCUCGGCCCAGAACCAGCCUGGAGCAAUGGGCUCCAGUACAAUAGUCUGGGGCAGGAACCCCAUAUCCAGCAGGCCAUGGAGGCAGAUGCCAGGCUGAAGACACCCCCCCUGGAGGAGCAGCCCAGCCUCUCCUGCUACCAGCCUCACGGACUACCAGGGUACUGCGCCUCGCACCCCUUCCACCAGUACCUCGCCAGCAGCAGCUACCCGGUCCCGCUCCUCUCAGCUCCCCACCACCCCUACCAGAGGUUUGCACCGCCUGGCCCCCAGCAGCUGUCACCGCCAUCCCUGUUUCCAAAGCCCAUCUACUCUUACAGCAUCCUCAUAUUUAUGGCGCUCAAGAACAGCAAAACUGGGAGUCUGCCCGUCAGUGAGAUUUACAAUUUCAUGACCGAACACUUCCCUUACUUCAAGACAGCUCCAGAUGGUUGGAAAAACUCAGUCCGCCACAACUUAUCUCUGAAUAAAUGCUUUGAGAAAGUGGAGAACAAGUCUGGCAGCUCCUCGAGGAAAGGCUGCUUGUGGGCCCUCAACCCAGCCAAGAUUGAUAAGAUGCAGGAGGAACUGCAGAAGUGGAAAAGAAAAGACCCCGUGGCUGUCCGGAAAAGCAUGGCCAAGCCAGAAGAGCUCGAAACGCUGAUAGGCGAGAAGUCGGAACAGCUGCUGGCCUGCAGUCCAGCUGGAGCUGGGGGUCCCUCCGUCUCCGGCCAGAUGUCGCUCCAGCAGCUGCCUCUGUAUGCCCAGAACGGACAGGCAGCCCUGGACUCCCCUCUGCCCGCUCAGAGCCCUCCUGGGUGCGGGAUGAAGGCGCACGCGGCAUCCCGCCCCGUGCAGGAGAUGCUGCUGCUGGAAGGCGACCUCAGCACGGAUGUCGAUGCCCUGAACCCGUCCCUUACCGGGUUUGACCUCCAAGGGAACCUUUGGGAGGCGCUGAAAGACGACAGCCUGGCGACGGACCCCCUCGUGCUCAUCUCGGCCUCCCCGACGGCGGCCCAGGGGGACUUCCCGGCUCCCUGCCCGGUGGAUGCCAGCCACGGCGGUGGCAAGCUCCACCCUCCGAGUGGCUCCCAGCACCACAACUUACCUGAUGUGCAACUGACCACUCUCUACUCUGCCUUCAUGGAGCUGGACACAGGACCGGGCCCCUCCUACCUGAACCCUUCGGGGUCCAAACCUGUCGCUCUAGUUUAAAACACCACAUCAGACAGUGGGUUGGGCCACGGCCGAAUUGUGCUGAGAUCCCGCACGAGGCCGUUUGCUCUGAGUGCCAGCCAGCAAAACCAAGCAAGGCCUCCCAGCAACGGGGCCAGGGAGCCUCCAAACACGCCUAAGUGCCACUUGAAAGCGCCCUGUGGCAUCAGCCCCGUGGCCACAGGCAAAGGAAUGGCUCACCACAGCCUGAAGGGUCAUCAAGAAAACGCUUUGGCUGAAACAUGGUCGGAGACACCAGACUAAGGGCCGUAUUGGCGCAACCAUCUGAACAGAGCCACAUGCUGAGACUGGCAUUCUGGAUGCACUUUUGAAGCUAGCCCGGGAAGGUGGAGGAGGAGGGCCUGGGGGGAUGAGGGUCAGCCUUCCCCAGCCGGUGCCGGGAGCUGCCUCGGCUUGGGCGUCGCAAGCCCCAGCCAAGGCAAGGCAGGCUGAGGGCCGGCGCACCAGGAGGGCUCCUGCUUGGGGAAGGCUGGCACGGAGGAAGACUUAGCCCUAGAAGGACGUCACGCUCGCUUGGCCUAGGGAAACCGGCCCCAUGCCCAGCGCCUUGGGGUCCACAGGCAGUCAGCGGGCAGGAGGUGAAUCUGCUGGCGAGCUCUGUUCUUAUUAUUUUUGUCGAAAGCAUUUUUGGAAAAUUUUCUUAUUAGCAUACACAUUAGGAACGUAGAACAUUUGACCAAAGUAUUCACUCUUCUGGCAAUUUUAAUCCUACAAAGUCAGAGAAAAAGUAGCUGUGAGACGAGCUUUGAAUUGAGGGGCUGAAGAAGGUGGGCCAAAUCUUUGGGAAUGUAACAGGUCGUGGGGUGAACCUUAUUUAUGCAAGACACAUCUCCAAAGGGCAUUUACACCCAAGCUAUGCUGCGAUUCAAGGCCCAUUUAUUUGGGAGGAAACCCGGUGAGAUGUGCUUCGGGGUGG